AUGAAAACGUGCUUGGUGUGGCUGGGCGCGUGCGCGGCGCUGAUCCGCGCCGACCUCCUCCUGCGGGACACCAGUGAAGCGCUCAUCUCCAGACAACGGAGGUGGCUCGUGUGGAAGCCGGGUACCAACUGGGUGGCGGUUAUCUUCGGCAUCGGCAUCCCCGUCGACGUCCGCUACCAGAGCAUCACGCUGGGUAUGGUCAUGAAGGCGUUCUACCAGCUGCCCAACAACAGCUCGUACUAUACUCGACCCAGCAUCGAUUUCGUCAGGAAAAAACGCUCGGCGACCCGGUGGACGAUGUACGGCAUGGCGGAGGAAUACCUAGAGGCCAACGGCUACGGCAGCGGAAAAGCGUGCGUGCUCCAGGCGAUCUGCGAGGCGGCGGCGGUACCGUUGGACGAGCGAGCAGGUCUCCUGGCCGAAAUCGGCCGCGCGUUUUUGACGCCGUCGUCGACGUUCGACGAGCUCGUCCACCACUCGAACAACGAGUACUACGGCGCGGAGCAAGCGGGGCGAGGGGGCGGCGACUGCGAGUCGCUCUUUCGCGGUUGCGAAGCGAACUUCGUCCGCCAUUUUUCCCGCGUGCGAAACGAUGUCAACUACGUCCGUUAUUAA